CAUGCGUGUGUCUGAUUGAUGGAUGGACGCGUUGUUGCGAAUGAGUCAAAGCGGGGGACACGCAGCCCGUCCUUACUGUGAAGGUCUCUCUUCCUCGUCAGUCCCCUCACCCCGAUCUGCAUAAAGACACGAAAAAUCUCCGCACACAUGUUCGUCCGUCCAUGGGAGACAGCUAGAUGUGGAAAAAGGGGAAGUCAGUCAGUCAGUCAUCGGCCGACUAGAAAACCUCACACGGCAAAUGGGAGAGAGAAUAGACACACGCGCAGAGACGGUAUGGUGAGACACGGACAGUCCAUGGAGCCGGACAGACAGCCAGCCAGCCAGCCAGCUGUCCUUUCUCCCAGCCAGCCCCUACUAUAAACAAACACGUACACAGCGUGGAUCUCUCAUGUCAUGAAGUCAGUGCAGUGCACUCAGUGAGGUGAAAGCAUCGCUCUCUUCUUCUGCUGUCUCCUCCAAGCUAUCUGUCUGUCAAAAACACCAACGAGGCAGACACAUACAGACACAUACACAGAUUCAUUGUAUGUGUGUUCAUUGGUUCGUCCAGUCAGUGCAGUCGAUCGGACCAGCCACUACAAAACCUCGCGCACACACCUUGUUGCAAUGCAGAUACUCACCUCACCCAUAAAGCAUCUCUCCAUCCACUAGAAACACAUCCCUCACCGACACACAUGCACUCACACAUGCACUCACUCACUCAGGCUCUCUCCCACACGGACACACACGCAACCAACAAGCUGAUGACCUACUGAGCAAAACAAGCCAUCCAAACCAUCGGUCGCAGAUGGGAUGGACACACCGCCUCGAUGACACGCAACACACGACACGGCACGGCAGCACCCGACCCUCCCUACUCACCCCCCUCUCUCUCCGCCACUCCACUCACUGUCACCCAUCCUCAGCCCGUCACAUCAUCAAUCAGCUUCGAGUGGGGCAGCACGUGCACCCCCCAGUUGUCCAUCAUAUACUGGUACGGCCCCUUGUUCAUCGGGAAUGGCAGGCACGACGGCGCCCGCACGAUGACGUUGUCGGUGAGAGGCACGCCGAGCUUCUCGACGCGUGUGCCGGGGUAGAAGUCCCAGCUGCUGGCGCACAUGGGGGUGUAGGCCAGGGUGCCUGUCGAUGAGAAGAAGACGUAGUCGACGUGGUGUUUGUCGUGGGUCAGGGUCACGAUGAAGGUGCCCUUCUCGUUGGUCGACGCCCAACGCAUGUCGACGUUGGACGCCACACGGGCAGCAUCGUUGAAGUCCUGCAGAUAUCGCAUCCACACACACACACACACACACGGUCAGAUACAGAUUUCCUCCCUGCCUCCCGGCCUCCCUCCCUCCCUCUCUCCCUUUGUCAUUAAUGUGUCGUCACCAUGGGUGCAAAGUUCAUGGUGCUCUCAGCGCCGCCCGAAAACGUCCCCACUGUGAACUCCGCAGCCACCACAUCCCCCUUGACCCCAUCAGUCGCCUCGGUCUCACCACUCACACCAGCCACCUGCAGCACACGCAGGUGCUGUGUGUGGUCCAGCCGACGACCGCCGGCGCCGCUAGCACUGGUGUUGUUCGCUGCAGUGGCGUUGCUGCCGCUGCUGGCGGCGGCGCUGGUGGUUGGUUCGCGGAGCAUGCCGACAAACGACUCGUGCAUGUCGCUGGCGUACACGGCUGCGUUGCCGUUGGCUCCUGCGAGGGCUGACAGCAGACGAUCACGCUCAUCCGUAUAACCCUGAAGGAAUGACAUACAAACAGACAAAGAAGAAACGUCCAAAUGUCUGGCCAUCUCCAUCAGUCCACUCAUCAUGUGUGUGUGUGUGUGUGUGUGGACCCACCGCACCUGCCAGCCGUCGAAUGACCAGUUGAUUUUGUAUCUGGCUGCGGCCUGGCCCGCACGGGCCUGGUCCAGCGUGGCGUCGUCGAGGUCGGUGCACUGCUUGUACUGGAUUCUCUUGGCGUGGGGGAAGGUCUGGUGGUUGCACACCUGCGGGCUCUCAGCGAUGCCCAUGAAGUUGUCAAAGGCCUCCUGCAUGCAGACAGACAGACAGACAGACAAUGUGUGUGUGAUGUGUGGUGGCUGCCCGUGCUUGGUGUGUGUGCGUGGGUACCGUACCUGCCACAUGGCUGCGGUGACCAUGUCGCCCUCUGCCUUUUUGUUGGCAAUGGCGGCCUCGUGGUCGAACCACCAGAGAUCCUGGACCACCUGCUGCUGACCCACCAGCAGCCACGUCUUUUCACACACACACACACAGAGAGACAGAGAGAGAGAGAGAGGGGAGGAAGCGUGUGCAUCCAGACAAGCUGGUUGCUGUCCCUCUCUCUCCCUGGCUAACCGUGUUUGUCGCGAGCAUCUCCUCGAUCUGCUCCUUGACGAAGUCGAUCUGGUGGUCCCCAAUCAUGUGCCCCUCCGGCCUCCGACGGAAAACAUCAAUCAGCUGCUUGUACUCAAUCAGCUGCUGCUCGACCUCAGACCCCUCCCACUCGUCAUAAGGCGUGUCACCGAGGAUGUCCAAGACGUUCUCAAGAAUGGACUCGAACUCGUCGCUGAAGACCUUGAAGGGAAAAUCGGGGUCCUCCGGGUCGCGUGGCGGGUUGCUGUUGGUGCGGGCAGUCAUACGGUUCUCGAGCAUGACGAGUCUGGCGAGGUCGCCGAAAGGGAAGGCGCGGUAGAUGUGGAAGCCGCGCUCGUUGCCCUCCUCGUCGACCUCACGGGUGGGUUGGUACUCGUACCAUGCUUUCAGCGCUACACGCUUUCGCGUCUCGAAGUUGUCGCCCUCCAACGUGACAUUGUGGUUGCGGGAACCUGCACGCACGAAGAGCAUAGACAAGCGCACCCGUCACCCACCCCUUCCGCCCCUCCCUCCCUCCCUCCCUCCCUGAGAGUGUGUGUGUUUGCACCGACCGUUCAUGUACGAGUUGUCCGCAAACUCAUGGUCAUCCCAAACGCCAAUCAUGGGUGCCGAUGCAGAGAUGGCCUGCAGGCCGGGGUCUCUCCGGUAGCUGGCAUAGCGGUCGCGGUAGUCCUGCAGCGUGAAGACCUCUCCUGAGAUCUUGUAGGUGUCAAAGUGAUCGGUCUUGUUGUCACGCGACGGCUUCACAUGCGCGUUGGGGAUCCUACACAUACACACAUACACACACACACACACACACACACACACAUACACAUUCACAUACACACACAUUGGCGCACACAGACACCGACAGACAGAUGGGAGUGACUGACUGGCUGGCUGACCAGUCAAAUUCCUGGUGUGGGACGAUUUCCGGCGCCAGUGCAAUGCGGGAGUACUCGUAAAUGAAGUCACCAAGGUGAAGCCAGAAGUCCAGUUCAUACCGCGACGCACUGCACACAGACACAUCCGCACAGACACAUGCAUCCCUGUUCCCUGCCUGCAUCCCUGUCCCUCUCUGCCCGUGCUCACAAGUCAUAAGCCGAGAAGUAUGAUGGGCCCAGGUCGGUGCAGCCGAAUGCCGCGUAUUUGAUGCGCUCCAUGAACUCGCCAGCGGGCAUGGGCAGCUUGAACCGGCCCACAGGCGACACCACGCCGCCGACGAUGAAGCGGAAGAAGAACCGUUUGCCUGACUCCAGGCCCGUGACGUCCACCUUGACGGUCCAGUCUCGGCUCCCAUCCGUUGUGAAGGUGCCGUUCUUGGCCACCUCGGAGAAGUCCUCGAAACGAGAAACCUCCCAGCUCACUGUCACACUCUCGUCGCCUGCACACAGCGAUCCAUCCAAAUCAACACAACACAGUGUGUGUGAAUGGGUGUCUUGGGGGCUGAGUGAGUGUCUCAUUCACGUGGCGGGGCCUCGGUGGAUCUGAUGGUGACGCGCGUCCAGAUGAUGACGGCAUCAGGAAGGGGGUCUCCAGACGCCACACCAUGGUUGAACGAGGCAGUAAUGUCGGCAGAUACGCAGCACAGCGACGCGCAUGCCAGCAGGGCCAGGGCGGCAGAUUCAGAGAUCUUCAUGGCGUACAGUCGCCUUGAAAAGAUAGACCCAGGGGGUUGGUGGGGUGGCUGGAUCCGGCAAGAUCCGGCAGGCGACGGCUGCGAGAGGAUCGACUGAGAAGAAAUUGAAGGCACCCUUCACAGAUGCACGCUGCAGGGGCUCUCACUCAGGCAGGGCCACUGGAGUGGGCCGCGGAAGAAAGAA